UGUGAUCAACAUACAAACACUUCCAUCAUCUCUAUCUCACAACCACUCACCACCCUUUCUUCUCCUCCUCACCACAAACACCUUCUUCUCCUUCUUCUCCAUCAUCUCUCUCUUAUAUUAAUCUUCAAACCAUAAUACCAAAACUCUACCAAGCUAUACACAUUCCUCUCAACACAAAAUUAUAUAUUAUCAUGGGUUGUGCUUCCUCUAAGAGAGUUGAAGCAACGGUGGUAGCCGAUGUUUAUCGACCACCGCCGACGAGUGUUUCGCUCUUCGACGUGAGUAAGAUUGAAGAACCAUGGAUGAUCACCACCAAAGUCACCAAUGAAGAUGAAGAUGACAUUAAGAGUCAAGACAAGAAGUCACAGACACUUGUCCCUCUGUCUAUACUUGACAAGCUUGAUUCUGUUGAACUAGCACCAAAGUCUUGGUUGGAAGUCAGCAAAGCAUUGGAAGAACUCAAGCCAACACUCAACACUCAGAAACUUGAAGUAAAGAAUCAACAGGUGAUAAAAAAAGCUUCAAAUCCUAAUAAUAAUAAUAAUAGUCUUACAACAGUACUGAAGAAAGCUGAGAGUCAUGAGGAGAGUCUAACUAGUAUAGGAUACUACAGGCCAGUGAAGGAUAAUAGUUUCAUAGUGAGGGAUAGAGAAGAGAGGGAGAAGAAGAAAGGAGGGGAUCAAGGGGAGAAGAAGUGGAGGCCAAGGGAUCCUUUUGAAGGAUAUGAAGAGAAGAAGGUGCCAGGGAAUGAGAGAGGGGUGGUGUUGUAUACUACUACGUUGAGAGGUGUAAGAAGGACGUUCGAAGACUGUGAGACGGCACGGAGAGUGGUCGAAGGGAUUGCGGUGGAUGCCGGAGUGGAAGUGGAUGAGAGGGAUGUGUCUUUGCAUGGGGAGUAUUUGAAGGAGGUGAAGGAGAUGGUAGGGGAAGAGGUGGUGGUGCCAAGGUUGUUUAUAAUGGGAAGGUAUAUUGGAGGGGUGGAAGAGGUGGUGCAAUUAGGGGAUGUGGGGAAGUUGAGGGAGAUGAUGAAGUGGGUGGUGAGAAGAGGGGAAGGAGGAGGUAAAGGAGGGAGGAGAGAUUGCGAAGGGUGCGGCGGAGCGAGGUUUGUGCCGUGUUUGGAGUGUAAGGGGAGUUGUAAGGUGGUGGUGGUGGUGGAGGAGGAGGAGGAGAAGGAGAAGGUGGUGAGGUGUGGAGAGUGUAAUGAGAAUGGUCUUAUGUUGUGUCCUCUUUGUCAUUAGAGUAGUGUUAAUUAUGGUGAUUAAGAUUGAGUAUGUGUGUUAUAUGUUUGUAUAAUGAUGUGUUAAUGUUAUU